AUGUCUUCUCUUCUUGCAGCCUUUCUCUUGCUCACAUCCUUGGCCUUUACCUCUGCCUCCACCGUGCCACUCCGGCCUGGAUUUUACGCCGAUACGUGCCCGGAAGCUGAAUUCAUUGUCAAGGAUGUGAUGUGGAGGAACAUGAUGAGAGAACCAAGAAGUGUUGCCUCUGUCAUGCGUUUUCAAUUCCAUGACUGUUUUGUUAAUGGUUGUGAUGCUUCUUUGCUGCUUGAUGACACUCCAAACAUGCUAGGAGAGAAGCUUUCUCUGUCCAACAUAGAUUCUUUAAGGUCCUAUGAAGUUAUUGACGAAGUUAAGGAAGAGUUAGAGAAGGUUUGUCCAGGGACGGUUUCUUGUGCAGAUAUAGUUAUCAUGGCCGCUAGAGACGCUGUUGUCCUGAGUGGAGGGCCUCGUUGGGAAGUGAAGUUAGGGAGAGUAGACAGCUUAACGGCCAGCCAAGAGGACUCCAACAAUAUCAUGCCAAGUCCAAGAGCCAAUGCAAGCCUUCUCAUAGACCUCUUUGAAAGAUUCAAUCUCUCGGUCAAGGAUAUGGUGGCCCUUUCAGGGUCACAUUCUAUCGGCCAAGGUCGGUGCUUCUCUAUAGUCUUCAGGCUCUAUAACCAGUCAGGCUCUGGCAAACCUGACCCAGCAAUUGAGCCGAAGUAUAGAGAGAAGCUAAACAAGCUUUGUCCCCUUGGCGGAGACGAAAGCGUGACAGGAGACCUUGACGCAACACCAACUACGUUUGAUAACAGAUAUUUCAAGGACUUGGUCGCUGGGAGAGGAUUUCUUAAUUCUGAUCAAACACUUCACACGUUUCCUGAAACAAGGAAAUAUGUGAUCCUUUUUAGCAUAGACCAGCAGGCAUUUUUCAAUGCCUUUGUCGAGGGCAUGAUAAAAAUGGGCGACUUGCAGUCUGGGCGGCCUGGAGAGAUUAGAAGCAAUUGUAGGAUGGCCAACAGCCGGCCUGUUAAUGUACUGUUGGAAUCUUAA